AUGCCCCGGCCCGGCCUCCACCUCGCCUCUCCCACCGAGGAUGAUGCUGGCUGCACGUGCUUUGGCCUCUUCCCCACUCCCACCAGCACGCUGUCAAGCGUCCGUGUAACCGAAGACGAGAUCCUCCCCGCAUCCCUUUUCGUCCCGCUUGGCCGCCCGGAAUCCUCUGCAGAAGACCCGGACAAGGCCCUCCCGUGGGUGUCGGAAUGCGCCGUUCACCUCCAACUGCUCGAGUCCUUUUCGCGCAUGAAGGCAAAAUGCUUGAAGUCGAAGAAGCUCACCCGCUCGCUGGGCCUUAGCAAGCACUUCGCCCUGGCCGUGGCCAGUUCCGAGAAGAGAAGCCAGCUUUCUCGUGCCAAGUGGGAGACGUUCGUCUCUCUUGCUGUCAUUCGAUUUAAGAAGUGGUGGGAUGUCCUCCCUGACAUCCUGCGUGAAACGAAUCAAGGCAAAUCCAAGCCGGAAAUGACGCCUAAAACCUUCCCUCCGCUUGAUGUGCUCAUGAUUUGGAUAACCCAGCUGUUCUCGCCCGACCACUACAGGAACAUGUGCCAGGACUCGAUGAAGGAGUGGGACGUGUCCACCAUGGAAUUCCCCUGGGACUUGCUCCAUGCCCUCAUCGAUCCUCUUGACAGCACCUACCGUCUGCCCCAGGAAGCCAAGCGCUAUUUCCAUGAGAAGACCGGCCUCGACGCCGAUCUGUACGAGCACCUGACCGACGUCAGCGCCCACGACCGUCUCUCGCGCAUGUACCUCCAACGCUUCGCCCUGUCCCAGCUGCCCGGCGCCAAGAAGUUCAACACCAAGGAGCUCGACGCCCGGCCCAGCGACUUCUCGCAGCUCAUGCGUGACUACGCCAUGUGGAACUUCGCCAUCAAGACGCUGAAGCCCGUGGUCCAGAGCCAGGAGAACUUUUGGGACAAGAUGAGCCAGGCCGGCUGGCUGCGCAGCCCCCACCCGGCCUUCACCCUCACCCGCGCCAUCGCGCGGUACCGCCAGUUCCUGCAGCUGCGCAAGCUGCACCCCAACUCGGGCGAGCUGCUGCCCACCAGCGCCAUCGAGCUGGUCUGGCGGACCCACCAGUGCUCGCCCGUGCGCUACGCCGUCUCCACCACCGAGAUUGCCGGCCGCUUCAUCAACUACGACGACGGCAUGGCCAAGUACGCCGCCGUCACCGGCGGCUUCGCCAAGGCCGAGAAGCUGUACAAGCAGGAGUUCGGCCAGGACUACGACCCGUGCAUGUGCUGGAGCUGCGAGGCCGAGCUGGCCGAGAAGCAAGCCGUCGAUUCCAACGACGAGGAGAAUGCGCGCAGGGCAGAAGCCAAGGUCGAGCGGGCGCUGGAGGUGGAGAAGGCAAGGAAAGCCGGUAAAAUCGUCCGCGCAUGA